UUCAGGCUGCGAGUUUGCCUCACGCUGUUAGUACGGAAAACUGGAAAAUGGUGAAAUAUUUUCGUACUUUUUGUUCAUAUUAUUCAUCGCUGCGUUUCUGAUGUUACUUCAUGGUAAUACUCUAAAGUAAUGAAGAUUUACCAUGUCUUCUACGAUCGUGACUGUCGCAAUAAUACUUUCAGCCUUUUUUCAAGGUUUGCAAUGUGCCUCAUUCGAUCGACUGUUGGUUGAAAAUUUGCUGAAGGACUAUAAUACGGAUGUGAGACCAGUUGAGAAUACGUCACAAGUACUCGAGAUUUCACUGGGUCUUCAGCCAUAUAGAUUGCUCAGAGUGGAUGUGGUCGAGCAGCUUGCGCGGAUGAGCCUUUGGCUUAGACUGACCUGGCAAGAUCGGUCCUUGAUUUGGAGUCCUUCGCAGUAUGGAAACCUGACGCGUAUUAACUUACCAGUAGAUACGAUCUGGACACCACCCGUAGGACUAUUAAACUCGCUUGAGUCACGUUUUGCCCCGCUUUUUGAAAGUUCUGACGAUGGUCUGAGCGUCUUAGCCGAGAUUCGAUAUGACGGCCAAAUCAAAAUAGCCGUGCCGACAAUCCUCAGUAUCUCGUGCCUAAUGGACAUGACCAUGUAUCCGUUUGAUAUUCAAAGAUGCAACCCUAAAUUCGGAACAUGGGCGUACACGAACAAGGAUCUGAAGUUCUCAGCAGAUGUCAAAUCAUCAAUACUGGCCGAGUCAAAGGAGGCUUUUGCGUCCUCAGCUGGUUGGUCAGUUAUGGAAUACCGCGCUGUUGACCAGCAUGACAACGACACUAACACAAGUCCUUCCGUGACAUUCACCAUGCAGCUAAGACGUCACACAACGUAUUACAUUGUGAUCCUAUUUUUGCCGUGUUUAUCGAAUGCAAUGCUGACACUUCUCGUUUUCCUCCUUCCGACGGAGACUGGGGAGAGAAUUGGUGUUGGUAUCAACACUCUCUUCAUCAUGUGGGUCAAUUAUUUAAGGGCAUUAAAUAGGAUGCCUAAGAGUCCAGAUCUGCCCGUUUUCUGCAAGUUUUCUUACUUUGUAAUGUUCGAGUGCGUUUGUGCUAUCGCUGUUUCUUGUCUCCUCAUUUCCUUCUAUCACAUGAAUGUUCAUAUAGAAAUGCCUGAUUGGGUCAAGACCCACAUACUAGACAGAAUGGCGUGGCUGGUAUUCUUACGAUCUUCUGUGAAACGUCGCCAAAGGACGGUAGAGAAAUUUAGAAAAGAAGCCGAACAGUUCCGCUCAAGGUUUGGAGGCAGUACUUACCAUAAGAUAACAAUAGGACUGAAUCUGUUUGUUGACAACUCGCUCAAGGAGUUUGAGACAUUUUGGCGACGAGAAGAAUGGCGCCUUGUCUCACUUGUCUUGGAAAGAUUUUUUACUUAUUUCUUUUUGUUUACAGUUCUUAUUUCUUUUUUUGUUUUUGCUGCAACUGUGUGGUAAAGGAUGAUAAAAAAAAUACCCACACAAAUAGGUACAAUUAUUCUCGCAAAAAAAACGAGGGUAAAUCGUUGAAAAAUAAAGUAACCAGUUCAUCCUUAUCAUGCAAUGAAAAUCUACCGAAGUUCUAAUUGCACUGAGUUGUGUAGCAACUACUAUGAGUGAUAAGGAGACGCUCAGUUCUCUUAAAUUAGGGGAAGAGAGGGUCGGGUCUGGCGUCAGGCAUGGUAACCUGAUAGUUACUAGCUUGCUUGAUGUUGCAACAGGAAACAGUGUGGGGAAUUAAAAAAGAGACCUUUAGCCCCUUUCUAACAAGGUUCACACCCAAAUAGAGCCAAAAUUAGGGUAGAAAGAGCGAUCUGAGUGUAAGAAAAAUUG